GGAGGAGGUAUGUGCUCUGUGGAGCCAUAAAGAGGAAACAGAGCUGCAGCAGACUAAGCUGCGCCGUCUGCAUCUCUACACCAGUCAUCUCUGAGCUCCAGGAUGAAGGGGCUGCAGCGGCUUAGCCUACCCGGCGCGUGAGGACCCUCCCUGGGCUGCGUCCGCCUCCUCCUCAGCCGUCUGUGUGGAGCUGUGAUCCUCAGUCUCGCUCUGCAGCAGCGUCUCUCCUGCAUCAGCUGCAACAUGGACGGACUUCGCCUGCCCCCCCUCAUAGAGGAGGUCCUCGACUCGUCUGAUGAGUUGUGUGAGCUGAAGGAGGACAAACCCAUCAUGUUAGGAGAAACUCUGACAGCCAAAGAAAGGGAGUCUUUGGAGGAGAAGGAGGAGACGAUGGGAGACGGAGAGGAGAAGGAGGUGAAGGAGGAGAAGGAAGAGGGAGAGCCAGGAGGAGGAGGAGAGAAGGAUGAAGAGGAGGAGCUGGAGGAGCUGAGAGCUCAGGUGUUACAGCUGCUGCUGGAGCUGGAGGAGACCAGAGAGGUUUCUCAGAAACAUGAGGAGAGCUUCCUGGAGCUGCAGGGUCUACUGGAGGACGAGCGUUUGGCGAGCGCUCAUCAGGCCGAGAGUUUCACCAGACAGAUCCAGAGACUGCAAGCCCAGCUGAGGGCGCUGCAGGAGGAGAUGGACACUCUUGAGGAGGAGAAGGAGAGCGAGCUGGAGGAGGCUCAGGAGGAGCUGCGCGCGGCUCAGGAGGAGGUGCUGAUGCUGCAGCAGGCGGCCGAGGAGGCGGCAGCGGAACGCGAGAAUGACAUCGCCUCCCUGCAGGAGGAGCUGUGCAGGCUGAGGGCGGAGCUACAGCGUCUCCAUGGCAACACGCAGGAGUACGAGCUGGAGAUCACCUCGCUGAGAGCCGAGAUCAGCAUGAAGAGCCAGAACACGCACACACAUGGUGACGUGGGUCAGCUGACGGAGGAGUUUCUCUCUCUGAAAGAUCAACAACAAUCUCUGAGCGACACAAACAAAGAGCUGAGCAACAAAGUUGAGCAACUGCAGCAGCAACGAGACACGUGUGAUGACGUCUACCUGGCGGUCAGAGGAGAUGGUGACAGUAAACCUGAGCAGGUGAAGACGGACUCUUACAUCACGCUGUCUCAGUCUGGCCCUGAGGAUGUGGUCCAGGAGGAUUUUAGCUCGGAGCUGAGCAUCCUGAAGGAGCAGCUGAGAGAGGCUGAGGAGACGGCUCAGAAAGUUCAGAGAGAGUGUGACGGUUUGAAAGGCGAGCUGGUGGAGCUGCAGCAGCUCUACGACACCAGCCAGCGGGAGCGGGCGGCGCUCGAGCAGGAGCUGCAGCGCUGCAAGGCGGAGCUCCAGAAACUCGUGGGCAAGAAGUCACAGCAGGCGGACUCAGAAGGCUGGAACAUGGUGGUGGCAGCGGUUGCUGUGGCAGCGAUUGCAGUUCUGGUGGUCCCCAGCUUCACCAGGGCCUGAGGACGACACAGCAAGUGACCUCACAGGGAAGUGUUGGAUUGUGUCCAGUGUCCUGCUCUCAUACAUGAUGUCUGCUUUGUUGCCAGGAAGACACGGCAGGACGUUUUCACCCGAAGGACACGGACGCCAGUGAGUGAUGGAGGGGAAGCAAUAAGAUAAUGAAAAGAUGGCGUCGUCUAGACAGACUUUAACUCCUUCUGCAGGUUGUUGUAGCGUAGAUCUGUCGCCUGGUUUAUUGAUUUAGUCAUCCAUGUAGCACGAAGCUGUCAUUCUGCAGUAGUUUAAAGUUUCCAUAGUUUACAACCAGAGACAGAACAUUUUAAACAUUUUAUUGUAUAAAGAACCUGUUUACUGCUACCAGGGAAAAAACACUUUACUUCAAAAACAGCAGAAACACCAGACUUUUACAAGUCCUGCGUUUAAAGUAGCUUGAGUUACAAACUGCUACUUCAGAUAUCAAAAGUCCAAAUGCAGCCGUUAAGAGCCAUGUGAUUAUAAAAACACUGUAUAAUAUUUUUGGAUGAAUGCAGCGUUGUAAUGCUGCAGAUUAAAUAAGCUAUAAUCAAAUCUAUGUCAGAUAUGUCAUAUUUUAUUAGUUGAUGUAUAUUUUUGAUCUUUAUUGUAACAUUCAGAGUAAAAAGUAUAUUCAGUGUUAAAGUAGUAGAGUAUGUAGUUUAAGGUUUAACAGAAAUGUGUCAGAAUAGAAAUAUAAACCAGCAUAGAAAGAAAAGAAAGAAUACUAAGUGUUAAAUAUGCUUAUUUUUCUAUUAAUUUCCUCUUGCUGUUGUUAGGAGAGCGGUUUGAGUUGUGCUAAAAUUGGCUCUUUAUCAUGCCCUGCCCUCUUUGAUUACUGUUAUUAAGUUAAACUAAGUGUCUUAUUAUCCGGCUCCUUCACUUCCGAAACAAUAGAAAAAUACCACUCAAUUUUACGAACGUUGUAAAAUUAGCUUCAGAAAAAUAUUUGAGACAGGAAACAGUAGGGUGUAUGAGAACUCAAAAUCUCUUGUUAACUUGUUAAAAUUGUUAAAAAAAAAAAGCAUCAGAAAUCAGUAAUAUUUUAUUUUGCUAAAGAGAGAAACAAGAUGCCAUAUACAUUCUGAUCUGCCUUACUAGCAUUAACGUCAAGUUGUGAGAUUAACUCCAAUAAGCCAAGCCUGUAAAAUUAU